AUGGGUCCCCACACCAUUCAAGACUCGGUGCACAUCCCUCAAAAGGACGAUCCGGGGGUGGGCGACUGGCUCUUCGCGCUCAAGCACCGUUCAGCUGGCGAUCUCAAAUGGGAGGAGAAAGGAAACCGGACCAGCGCCAUUGGUCUCACGAGUCCCGGCUGGGCGCUCCACAUGGUACGCCGAUCAUCGAGCCUCCCCGGAUGCUGCCUGCGCCAACUCCAAGAUUUGGGCGCAAACUAA